AAGCGGCCACUGGGUGGGGGGGAGAGACAUGCUGUACGUGGACUUCCCCAACUUUGGCAACAGCCUCCUGGAGAGUCUCAACCGGCAGAGGGCGGAGGGCAAGUUCUGCGACAUCUCCAUCCAGGUUCAGGGCCGAGUCUUCAAAGCCCACCGAGCCGUGCUGGCCGCUUCCUCCCCCUACUUCCACGACCAGGUGCUGUUCCGUAACGCCAGCCGCAUCGUGCUACCCGGGGCCAUGGACCCCGGGGCUUUCGAGAGCGUCCUGACCUCCUCCUACACCGGCCGGCUCGCCGUGCCCCCCGCGGACAUCGUCAGCUUCCUGACGGUGGGCAGUUUCCUGCAGAUGUGGCACAUUGUGGACAAGUGCACCGAGCUGCUGCGAGAGGGUCUUCCCCCCAGCACUGGCCCCGGGCCCCGGGGAGCCCGCGCGACUGAGAAUCAGUCCCCUAGCAGCAGCAGCAACAACUACUUCAGCCCCCGGGAAGCAGCCAGGCCCAGGCCACGGGAGGCCAAGUCUGAGGGCUCGGAGGAGGAGGAGGAGACCGGCUUCGUCAAGGACCGGGACGGGGGUGCCGUGACGGGCAGCGACUACCAGCCCCUGGGGGCUGGGGAGGCCGAGCCAGCCAGGGGGGGGGAGGAGGAGGAGGAGGAAGAGGAAGGCGAGAGCAGCAGUCGCAGCCCAGACAGUCUGUACCCACGGCUGCCUCUGGCCCAGCCGCCCCCGCUCGGGCGCUGGGUGUACGUGAAGAAGGAGAGGCCCGAGGAGGACCUGGUGCUGACAUGCGAGGAGGACGGGCAGCACUUUUUGAAGGGGCCGCGGGUGGGUGGGGAGGAGGGUCUUCGGCAGCUCAGCAUUGCGGGGGUCCGUACGUUGGCUGGCGGGGCAGGGGGCAGCGACGAACAGCCCGACUAUUUCUACGGUUCCUCGGAGGAGCUGGGCUAUGAAGGGGGGCUGGACGAGAGCCCGCGAGGUGGCGGGGCUUACCCGCUGCCCCUGCUGCUGCAGGCUGGGGGCGGGAUGGGGGUGCCGGGGGCGGGGGGGGACCUGCGGCAUGGCCCGGUGCAGCCCCCGGCUGGCACCGGAGCCCCCAAGGCCUUCGCCUGUCACUGCGGAAAGACCUUCACCCACAAGAGCCAGCGGGACCGUCACGUCAACAUGCACCUGAACCUCAGACCUUUCGGCUGCUCCGCCUGCGGGAAGAAGUUCAAGAUGAAGCACCACCUGGUGGAGCACAUGAAGAUCCACACCGGCCACAAGCCCUUCGGCUGCCACGUGUGCGGCAAGAAGUUCAUGUGGAGGGACAGCUUCCUGCGGCACCGGGCGGCGUGUGAGAAACUGCAACGAGCCACGAGUGGCAACCUCGAGCCUCCCCCCAACUGAGAGACCCACCUCCCCAACCGAGGCUCAGCUGGGGCUCACUGCUGCCCGCCCUGUUUAACCAUUUACUCACUGCCAGGGGUUCCGCACCUAUGUCGAAUACCUUUCAUAUCUGCCCAGGGCUCGCUGUCUCUCACUCUCUGUCUCUGUUUGUAUUUCGCUGUCUUUGUCAGUCUUUAUGUGUG